AUGGCAAGGUUUGAAUCUUUUCUCGUCUUAGCUGCAUCAUGCGCAGUGGCCGCAGAUGCUGCAACAAUUACGACGGUAUACCCCAACCGGGGUUCAACGGAAGGCGGAACUUAUCUUGUCAUCAGCGGCUCUGGAUUCAUGAUGCCGACCGAGGCUAACCCCUGGGAUUCGCAGGUCGUCUAUGUUGGGUCGAAAAUCUGCAACAUCAUGGCACACUAUACGUCAUCGACACAAAUUGUUUGUAUGACCACGCCUCACGAUGUGGUUGCUGAGAGUUCCGAGUCAUUGACUGUCAGUGUACAAAUCUUUGGCGGCCUCGGACUUGCUUCGUAUGCAUCCAAGAGCAGUGCGUUUCAAUACCACUGGCAGGAUACCGCCAUUAUCCACUGGGCCAACCACUGGGCCGGUACAGGCGGCGACAUCAUGGAAUUUGGUGGAGACAUCCCUGCUGGCGCAACCUCUGCUGGUCAGUUCGAGAUCCGUGUUGGUGAUGCUUGGUGCCACGUCGAUGAAGAGGUGUGGCCAUUGUCAAACCGGAGAAGGAGCUGGACAAAGCAGGUAAGUUGCCAGCUGCCCGACGACGACCUGCUGAUUCCUGGAUAUUACAAUGUGAGCAUACGGGUCAACAGCUUGGACCGAGCAGAUGGCGAUUGUCCGAACAGCUUGUGUUUCCCAUACACGGAGGAACAGGCUGGGACGCGAUUCGGGCAUGGGUUCGCAGCAAUCGUGAAUCCGCCUCCAUCUUCUUCGAACGGCAAGUUGAACAGGGUAUGGGGUGGCAUGUUGGACAUCGUGACAGGACACACAUACCACUUUACGGUAUAUCCGCAGGUCAACUCGAUUGAACCAUUGGAAGGUGGCCUUUAUGGUGGCAACAACUUGACGAUCCAUGGAUCUUCGUUUGCUGCAGAAAUGGAGGGCAAUCAGGUGACUGUCGGCGGCGUUCCCUGUGAGGUUCUGGAGGCCACAACAGACACCAUUGUGUGCAGACUCGGCCAGUGGAAUGACGCAGCGGAUCGUGGCGAGACUGUCCGUGGGCUCCACUACAACAGAUGGAACGAUCGGCGUCGCCGGGCGUGGGGCAUUAACAACAUCCCGGCCAAGGAGGCCAGGGGCGAUGCCUUCGAGACCGGCUUUCUGAAGGCCUCUUUGUUCCAAGUUGCCACAAAAGAGCCGUGGGACAACGACCCGGGAAUCGAUCGCACACUGCUGGAGCUAGAUGGCUUCUUCGUACCGCCUCUUGAAGCGAACUACAGCUUCUACAUUUGUGGACUGGGCCUGAGUGUACUUGGUGUCUUCCAGCGACUACGGGAUGAUUUCGCCUUUCUGCUGGCCAGCCAUCGGUACUUCCACGAAGAUGUCGCAUCUGGCGACUUCACAGGCAACGACAAAAAGAUCUCUGAUGAUGUGCUGUUGACAGCUGGUGAGCAGAGGAAUUCCCUGUUGUCUGGACUUUGGCAGGCUGCUGAAGCGGGCCUUGUGGAUGAAGAACUGCCUUUCUCUGCAGUUACAGUGAACCUGCCGAACUUGAGUGCGCCGAUCCACACCACCGUGCAAUCUUCGAAGGAAUAUGUGCGAGGAUCAGAACACGUCAGUACACACAGUGGAAUCAGUCUCGUCAGCACAGAGAAGCGCAAGGCCCUCUUGUCCACACUCGAAGAUGGGGCUCGAUACACGCAGCGCUUCAAGGAUUGUUGCCGACGCAAGUACGGAAAGCUUGUCGUAGCAUGGCGGAUCCUCCUGGAUCCGGGUGGCAAUGGACGUGUCUCUUUCGUGCCUUUCUGCAACGCGGCACGAGCCAUGGGCUUUGUGAACGUCUCCACGCUUUGGCGGCAUCUGGACGUUAAGUGCACCGGCUUCCUGACGCUGGACAGCUGGGAUCCCCACUCAUAUCGAGUUCUCAUGGAAUUCCGGGAGAUUUGCAGAUCUGAAUUCGGAGGAGUUGUGGAGGCUUUCAAGUUCGGAAUGAACAGGACCGGAUCAGGUGCUUGUUACAAGAAAGAGUUUGAGCAGUUUCUGAAGAAUUUCGAGUUCUCUGGAGAUUACCAAAUGCUCUGGGAUGCUUUGGACAAAGAUCGUGGCGGCUUUAUCACAGUUGAUGAGCUUUUCUUCUUAGCACGAUGGCAGGGCGAGCGCUUCCGACCUGACAAGGUCCAGCGUGAGUUCAAUCUGAACCUUGUGCGAUUGAAGAUGUGCAAGCAGCAACGACAAAAGCAUCAAGCGAGGAUGAACGAGUUCAAAGCUCGGAUCGAGGACGAGCAGCAAGUCCUGGAACGAAACCGGAGUCUACGGAUAGCUGCUAAGCAGCAUGUCCGUCUGACUACCGAGCAAGUCCGAUCAGCAGAAGAAGAGGCAUUUCCCGUUCCGCUUGAGGCAUCACUCCGGAACAGGAGCCAAUUGGAUCCGCUUUGGCAUGAAGGUGGUGUUACUGUGUCGCGUUGGGCUGGAUUCCGAGUUGCUGUUGUGAGUGGAGGUUGCUGGCCUGAGUACGGCCACUACGGACAGUGCAGAUUGCAGAUGUCACUCAGCCAGGCAGCUUUCGACUUCGCCCGGCCCUUGCUGGGUCUGGAGUGCAGGUCAUCCUCGCUGGAGAGGCUCCAUGACUGCAGAAGUGUCUCCGGUGACGACGAUGAGUCGGUCGGCCAGACGAACUGGAUCAGGAUGGAAGUAUACGAUGCGGGCGCCGGGGGUGCAACAGUCGGAGACCUGCCGCCGACCCGGCCGGACAGCUUGAGUUGGAGCCGCUUGGCGGAAGGUGAGCAGUUUCAACUUCUUGUUCGCUUCCGCCGGCCCAUCGGCAAUGUACCCGAACUGGAGCUCAACACCACAGGUCUGCUGGGAAGCGGCUUCCAAUUGCAGGUCUUUACCUUGGAAGAUGGCGAUGCCGACGCAAUCUUCCUUGAGAAGGUCCCGCUCGACAUGUUCCAGGUACCACGUCCAUCCGAUGCGGCAGCAAAGCCUGUUCGUGUCAUUUCAGAAGGAGUCCUCGGCUACACGUAUUCGAGCAGCUUGGUGCCAGUACUGCACAGUGCGAUGCCAUCCAGCGUGACCGCAGAUGACAAUCUGCAGGCACCUCAUACCUGGACCUUGGUCAUUAGCAACAUCCAGACCUACAACUCGACGGGUUGGAUUCAGGACUUACAAGUGUUGUUGGGAGAGGACGCCGGCCAGUGCAAGGACUUGCAUGAGGUGUCGGAGGAACAGGGCAAUAUCACGGUGAUCUGCAGGUUGGAGAAUGCUCGGGCUGGAGAGCCAGAGCCCUGGCAUGCCGUGCAUCUCAUCUCUAUCUCACAGGGGCAGGCGGACCCAUCUAAGGCUCCGAUCGUGUCUGUGGAACCGGUGAUCGAAGAGGUGACGGGACUGCUUGGAUCUUUGGCUGGUGGCACUGUGCGGUCCUCUCCCUUGUUGGCGCGGGGCUGCGUGGACUGUCUGGAUCUUGGCCGGGACCGGGCUGCCCAGAGGAAUGCGCCGGUGACACUGUCGCAGCCGCCUGUGGGCGCGGCGACGGUGCGCCGGUCUGCGCGGGUGUGA